GUACUGCAGGGCCUGGUUCUGCUGUUUGGCUGCUCUAACACCCUGGACCAGAGGUACUGCAGGGCCUGGUUCUGCUGUUUGGCAGCUCUAACACUCAAGGUGGGUCCUUACCUGAGACUGACCUGGAUUGCUUUCCUGUAAUCUCUUCCUUCUCCCGUAGUGUGCACUUGUUCACUUCACAUUACACUUUACUUAUUUGAAAUGAAUGGAAACUAGCCUAUAGUCCAUGGCUCCACCAAUCAAAUGAUUUUACAUUUGUGGGGAGUAGUGAAGAAGUGCACACUUCAGAUAAUUGGGACGUAGCCAUUGUCUAAGGUUACAGCCACCACCCAAAGCAAACACCUGACUGAACACACCUGGAUUAAACCCCGCCCAAAGUACCUUUUCUAGCAACUCACCUGUCACCUGGCCUCUGAAUACAGGAAGAGAGACAGGCUGACCGGCGACCGAAGUACCUGGCCAGGAACGAAUGGGACAGGUAAAUAUUGAACACAGCUUGGGAACAAUAAAGUUUAUUCUAUUCUAUCCUCCUUGUCAGGAUGUCGGCUCUCUGUUCAGAACAGUAUGUGAAACAUCCAUUUUCUUUUUAACAUGUUUACGACUGCUCAGGUCAGGACGUCACUCUUCUCAGUUCAGGAAGUCACAACUUUAUAGGUACUAUACUAUUUGUUUUUAACAGGGAAAACUGAAAAAAAUGCAAUUUCACUUUGAGGUUAAAACCAAACAGUUAUGAAUCUAGUGAUAAUAAUAGCUUGAAGAGCUCAUGCUGGUAUUGAGUGGUGGUUCCUUGAUUAUGUAACAGAAUAUUUGGCGCUACCUGUUCUACUGCAUACCAAAUAAUUUUACGCUCUCUCUGUCUCUCUCCAACACACAGACACAGACAGAGACAGACAGACAGAGACAGAACCACACGCACGCACACAAUUUUCUUUGAAUGACACAGAUGAUCACAUAACUAACUAGGCUAUGAGACACACACAGAAUCAUGAUUUGCGAUUUCAGGUGAAUCUGUGACCUGAAAGAGUUCCAAUAGUGCCAUAUCCAUACACAAGUCGACCAUGGAGUUGAUAACAAUUCCCUUCCUUUGAGAAUUUUCACAUCCUGUCUUUUGUCCAAUCUGAUUGGAUAAGCUGGAACGUGACUCUGCUUGCUGCGGUGAUGUCAAGGACAUGAAGACAUAGCUUUUUGGUCGGGAGUCUGUUGGCUGCACCGAGUCUUAAUGGCUUCCUCUCCUAUACUGCAUGUGGUUUUGUCCCAAAUGGUACCCUAUUCCCUUAUAGUGCACUACUUUUAACCCAGGGCUCAUAGGGAAUAGGGUGCCAUUUGGGAUGUACACUGUAUUUAAGACAAAAUCUGUUCCCUCUAGUCAGUGUUAACAUCGUCACUUCAACAGCCCUCCGGUGUCCUUAGGUUUAGAUGAGUUUUAUAAACCUGUGUCCUCUUCCGUUUGUUAUUUGUCAGCAAAUGUGGAAAGGUUAUUGAAUGAAUCAAAUGGGAAAGGUUAUUGAAUGAAUCAAAUGGGAAAGGUUAUUGAAUGAAUCAAAUGGGAAAGGUUAUUGAAUGAAUCAAAUGGGAAAGGUUAUUGAAUGAAUCAAAUGGGAAAGGUUAUUGAAUUUAUCAAAUGGUAAAGGUUAUUGAAUGAAUCAUAUGGGAAAGGUUGUUGAAUGAAUCAGUCUGUCAUUUCACCUUGGAAAGUAUGAUUGAAUUACAAGAGCGUUUUCCUCCCUGCUGAGAGAAAACAGUCACUUACAGUGCCUUCGGAAAGUAUUCAGACCCCUUGACUUUUUCCACAUUUUGUUACGUUACAGCCUUAUUCUUAUUCAGCCGAAUGCACUGUAACCCAACCUUUUCACUUUGACUAGUUGAUUAAGUUUGACCAUGAAGCGAGUGAAUAAUGUGGCUUUUAACGCGCGCUCUUCUUCCAUUGAAAACACAGAAUGGGGAAACCUUCGAUAACUGGUAACAAAGCUGUACCAGUGAACUGUGUCUGGCCUAUCAAAUGGAAGUAUUACGUGACAAGAACAUGAAGGUGUUCAGAGAUUGAUUUCUAUGUCGUCCUUCCAGGGCAUGGCAUCGACCAUCUCUACCAUCAGCCUGCUCUCUGAGAGGCACUUCCUGUGUCCGCUGUGUAAGGACAUCUUCAGCAGUCCCGUGACCACUCCUUGUGGCCACAGCUUCUGUCAGGCCUGCCUGUGUGGGUACGUCCCUCUUUAAGUUGUAUUAUCUUAUGAUUAUAAAAAUGGAGGUCGGGGCAUCUGAUAUUGUUCGUUGAACUUUAUUGAAAGCAUUGCAGAGGAUACAUACAUUGUUGUUCACUGCCUCUGUAGCUCAACUAGUGCAUGAGUAAAACAUGGAAUGGAUUAAUGAGUUUAUUAGUUAUCAGCAUGAUGAAAACAUGGACUGGAUCUUUACAGGUACUGGACCCGGCACCGUUCGGACUACUGUCCCCUCUGUAAGAGGUUGUUCCAUACCAGGCCAGACCUUAGUGUCAACCGCAUCCUGGCUGACGUCUGUGACAACUACAGGAAGACGAGGCCAGAGAGCCCUGAGGAGAGCCACGACACGGUACCCUAGUGACCUUAGUACAACAUCUUGUAUACAACAUCUUGUACAACAUCUUGUAUCUUAGUACAACAUCUUGUGUACAACAUCUUGUAUCUUAGUACAACAUCUUGUGACAUUAAGAGUGUUAUAGUGUGGACACUAUAUAAAUAAUUACAUUGAAUAUGUGUUGUACUUACCUGCAGUAUAGUAUGAUUGCUAUUCAUGUGUGCAUGGUUAUUAUUGGCAUUGACCGUGACCUUUCUCCUUUGAUGAUGUCAUCACCAAGAGUCAGAUCUGUACAAUGUGAUUCUACCACAGGUUGAGUGGGCUGUAUCGUUCUGCUGUUUUUGUACCGUUUCUACACCUUUUAUUUAUUGGGUUGAAAGUUAAGGAAAGUAAUAUUGAAAUGCGUGUGGGCAUUCCUUGUCAAGUUACUACAAAGAGGUUCAAGACUUUUUGGUAUAACUAACAGAUCCCUUGAUGUCAUGAUACCUUGGUGUAAUCCUCUUCUGCAGCCACAGGCUGUAGACAUUGACCAGAUGAUCCAGGAGAGACUGCAGAAAGUCGACAGACUCAGACACUCCCUGCAGCUCCUCAAAGUGAGUCCCAAUCCCAAAUUGACCCCUAGCCCCUAACACCGGGGGCUCUCCAACACUGUAUCCUGGAGAGCUUCCUUCCUGUAGGUCUUCGCUCCAACCCCAGUUGUAACUAACCUAAUUCAGUUUAUCAACCAGCUAAUUAUUAGAAUCAGGUGCCCUAGAUUAGGGUUGUAGCGAAAACUUACAGGACAGUAGCUCUCCAGGUACAGGGUUGGAGAGCCCUGCCCUACACCCCAUGUCCUUAUGUAGAUCUAGAUGAGUUAGACAAAUCCACCACCUUUACCACAUACAUGUAUUGUCCAAUCACACCUUUUCAUCUUAAAGUGAUGUGAGAUACAGACAUGUAUUUUAUCCAAUCAGAACUUAUGUCUGAGAUAUUGACACGUCUCUUGUCCAAUUAGAACUCACGUCUGAGAUAUUGACACGUCUUUCUGUCCAAUCAGAACUCGUGUCUGAGGGAGGUGCGUGAGAGCCAGAAGGUGUUCUCUGCCCUGGUGAGUUCCAUGGAGAAGAGCCACAAGGCCGUGGUGACAGCCAUCGAGGAGAGAGAGGGGGGGGAGGAGGUCUGUAAUGUACAGUAAUACUAUUAUUUAUUUAUGAACUUAUUAACUUAGAAUAAAAAAUUAUAAUGGAUUGGAUUUAUUUAGCACCUUUCAACCAACUGAGGUACUCAAAGCGCUUUACAUAGUAAGGGGAAAACUCACCUCAUCCACCACCUUAUGACAGAAAUGCACUGUGGUUAUCGAUAUACCAAAUGUAACAAUGUCUGUGUGUUUCUUUAGAGGAUUGUUGAGAAGCGGGUGAAGGAGCUGGAACAGGAGAUUAAACAGCUGAGGAAUGGAGACACUGAACUGGGGCCUUCUCAUUCUCAGCAGAGCCAUGAUGAGCUAUGUGGUGGUGGUAAGAAGACUGUUGCUGUGGUAAGCAUGGAGUAGGGUGAAGUCGCCCCUAGACGCUAGUCUUGGGUCAGUUUUGCAUUUUCCCCAACUAAUGGUUAAGGUUAAGAUUGGGGAGGGGAAGCUGAUCCUAGAUCUAUACCUAGGGGAAACUUCACCCCAGUGCGGUAAGCAUAUACUUAAGUAAUAAGGCCCAAGGGGGUGUGGUAUAUAGCCAAUAUACCAGAGCUAAGGGCUGUUCUUACGCACGACGCAAUGCUUAGUACAGCCUGGAUACAGCCCUUAGCCGUGGUAUAUUGGCCAUAUACCACAAACCCCUGAGGUGCCUUACUGCUAUUAUAAACUGGUUACCAACGUAAUUAGAGCAGUAAAAUAAAUAUACUGUCUGAUAUACCACAGCUUUCAGCCAAUCAGCAUUCAGGGCUCGAACCACCCAGUUUAUAAUGUCUGAUAUACCUCGGCUUUCAGCCAAUCAGCUUUCAGGGCUCGAACCACCCAGUUUAUAUUGUCUGAUAUACCACGGCUUUCAGCCAAUCAGCAUUCAGGGCUCGAACCACCCAGUUUAUAAUGUCUGAUAUACCUCGGGCUUUCAGCCAAUCAGAAUCCAGGACCCAAACUACGACUGCACGCUGACCUUUGCUUCCUCAUGUCGUCACUUCCAAAAAGAGUUUGUAAAACUGAGUUUCUUAACAGUUUCUAUCAUGGCCACAGAAGAAAAUGCUUGAACCCUUAACUUAGUACCCCGACCGCCUAUAUUUCAUCUUCAAAUAUGACAGUGUUUGUUUGUCCUCUAUGAACGUUGCAGAGCACCACUUCCACCCUGGGUUACUCUGAGAGGAGGGACUGGUCCAAGGUUACCAUGGAGACAGACCCCUGCAUGGGCGUGACCAGGAGAGCAUUGUCAGAUCUGAUGGACAUGGUCAAGGGAGAGCUCAAUAGACUCUCUAAAGCUGGUCAGUAUUGCGCUACGGAUACUUCCUUUCAUAUAAUACUGGAUACAUCUUUUACAGUUCUACAUCCACCCUCAACACUUUAGUAGACUACAUGUUUUGUGUUGAUUAGACAUCUGUCAGCAUCUGAUAAAUGAUUACAGUGUUCUUCUACUGUAGAUAUUUUGGGUGAAUGAAAUGUCAGACCUGUUUGUCUGGGAAGGAUUCUUACUGGAACUGUUAUAUUUUGCAGAGCUGAAGAAAAUACAGAAAUACACAGGUAUGUCUCCGCCUGCCCAGUGCAGUCAAAAUUCAGUUUUUCAUGUGUUUUAUAUCAUAUUGUACAACAGCUGAUGGAACUAACACUGUAAAAGUGUGGAAAAGUCUUAUUUCCUGAUAAUUGCUGGUAUGUCUCCACCUGCCCAAAUAAUUAGCUACGCCAUAAGAUGUAUUUUUUGCAGUUCUUAAAAUACUUGUUUUACCAAGGUGAGUUUGCUGUUGCCAUGGCACUAAUAGGUUUCUCUUUCCUCCCUCUACCCUAGUAGACAUCUCCCUGAGUCCCAAGACGGCCCACGCCUCCCUCUCUGUCUCAGACGACCGGAAACAGGUGCGACACACAGACAAACACCAGGAGGUCCCAGACAACCCCAAGAGGUUUGACCGCGUGGCCAACGUCCUGGGCAGAGAGUCCUUCAGCAGCGGCAGGUACUGUAAUGUCCCUCUUUAUACUGUUUGCCUAUAUAAUACCAUUGUAUAUCUAUAUAUCUAUAUUAUCAUAAAGAUCUAUGAUCAUAUAUCUAUGGUUCUAAGAACGGAGGUCAGGCCGUCUGAUAUAGUUUAUUUGUUGAAACUAUUGCGGGGAUUUAAUACUUAAGUAGAAGUUAGGAUUCACUCCUGGCUCUUUAGCUUAACUAGUGCUGUAGUAAAACAUGGACUGGACUUAAAUACUAAGUUCAUCAGUUGUAAUGAUGAAAACAUGGACUGGACUUUAAUACUAAGUUCAUAAUUUGUAAUGAUGAACACAUGGACUGGACUUUUGUUGACUCCAUUCCAGCUACUACUGGAUUAAUGUUGACUCCAUUCCAGGUACUACUGGGAGGUGGAGGUGGGAGAGAAGCUAGAGUGGAACCUGGGCGUGGCCAGACAGUCCAUCAACAGGAAGGGGAAGUUUACAGUCAGCCCAGCCAAUGGCUUCUGGACACUGAGCCUAAAGAGCGGGGGUCAAUACGUAGCUAACACCUCCCCCACCAUCACCCCCGUGGGCCUGGAGCAGAAGCCCAGGAAGGUGGGGGUGUUUCUGGACUACGUGGAGGGCAGAGUGUCCUUCUACUGCGCGGAGACUGGAGUUCACAUCCAUACAUUUACAGAUAGCUUCACUGAUAGACUACACCCGCUCUUUAGUCCUGGGAGGCAACAUGGGGGCAGGAAUAUCGCUCCUCUGGUUAUUACUACUAGCUUCUGUAGCAUUUGAGCCCCCCGACUUAACCCCCACACCUGGAAUAUAGUCAUUUAAUAAUUCCAUUAUGUAGCCUGAUGUCUCAUAAAGCCCACUCAGUCCUCUCUCAUGUCUGCAUUUUCUGUUGGAUAAGCCUGCCUCCUUCCUUAUGUUGAGUUAGUGCAGUAUCUGUAUUAUCAGGGAAUUAGCUGGGUAAUCAAUAGUAAUGCUAUAAUUUAUUUGAAUUAUAAUUUUUGACAGUAUAAAUGAACCCUCUAAUAUAUAUUUUUUACAAAGUGUUGAUUUUUUAUUUCUGUGGAUCAUUUUAAAAAUCAAGUAAAUUAUUCACAUACAUUCUACUUCUAGAAUGACUAAUGUGAGUAAUCUCAUAAUCCAUGCCGCAGUCAUGCUACCUAGCUGGCUAACAGCUGGCUAACAGCUGGCUACCUAGCUGGCUAACAGCUGGCUACCUAGCUGGCUAACAGCUGGCUACCUAGCUGGCUAACAGCUGGCUAACAGCUGGCUACCUAGCUGGCUAACAGCUGGCUACCUAGCUGGCUAACAGCUGGCUAACAGCUGGCUACCUAGCUGGCUAACAGCUGGCUAACAGCUGGCUACCUACAGUGGGGAGAACAAGUAUUUGAUACACUGCCGAUUUUGUCAAAAUCCAGAAAAUCACAUUGUAUGAUUUUUAAGUAAUUAAUUUGCAUUUUAUUGCAUGACAUAAGUAUUUGAUCACCUACCAACCAGUAAGAAUUCCGGCUCUCACAGACCUGUUAGUUUUUCUUUAAGAAGCCCUCCUGUUCUCCACUCAUUACCUGUAUUAACUGCACCUGUUUGAACUCGUUACCUGUAUAAAAGACAUCUGUCCACACACUCAAUCAAACAGACUCCAACCUCUCCACAAUGGCCAAGACCAGAGAGCUGUGUAAGGACAUCAGGGAUAAAAUUGUAGACCUGCACAAGGCUGGGAUGGGCUACAGGACAAUAGGCAAGCAGCUUGGUGAGAAGGCUACAACUGUUGGCGCAAUUAUUAGAAAAUGGAAGAAGUUCAAGAUGACAGUCAAUCACCCUCGGUCUGGGGCUCCAUGCAAGAUCUCACCUUGUGGGGCAUCAAUGAUCAUGAGGAAGGUGAGGGAUCAGCCCAGAACUACACGGCAGGACCUGGUCAAUGACCUGAAGAGAGCUGGGACCACAGUCUCAAAGAAAACCAUUAGUAACACUACGCCGUCAUGGAUUAAAAUCCUGCAGCGCACGCAAGGUCCCCCUGCUCAAGCCAGCACAUGUCCAGGCCCGUCUGAAGUUUGCCAAUGACCAUCUGGAUGAUCCAGAGGAGGAAUGGGAGAAGGUAAUGUGGUCUGAUGAGACAAAAAUAGAGCUUUUUGGUCUAAACUCCAAUCGCCGUGUUUGGAGGAAGAAGAAGGAUGAGUGCAACCCCAAGAACACCAUCCCAACCGUGAAGCAUGGAGGUGGAAACAUCAUUCUUUGGGGAUGCUUUUCUGCAAAGGGGACAGGACGACUGCACCGUAUUGAGGGGAGGAUGGAUGGGGCCAUGUAUCGCGAGAUCUUGGCCAACAACCUCCUUCCCUCAGUAAGAGCAUUGAAGAUGGGUCGUGGCUGGGUCUUCCAGCAUGACAACGACCCGAAACACACAGCCAGGGCAACUAAGGAGUGGGUCCGUAAGAAGCAUCUUAAGGUCCUGGAGUGGCCUAGCCAGUCUCCAGACCUGAACCCAAUAGAAAAUCUUUGGAGGGAGCUGAAAGUCCAUAUUGCCCAGCGACAGCCCCGAAACCUGAAGGAUCUGGAGAAGGUCUGUAUGGAGGAGUGGGCCAAAAUCCCUGCUGCAGUGUGUGCAAACCUGGUCAAGACCUACAGGAAACGUAUGAUCUCCGUAAUUGUAAACAAAGGUUUCUGUACCAAAUAUUAAGUUCUGCUUUUCUGAUGUAUCAAAUACUUAUGUCAUGCAAUAAAAUGCAAAUUAAUUACUUAAAAAUCAUACAAUGUGAUUUUCUGGAUUUUUGUUUUAGAUUCCGUCUCUCACAGUUGAAGUGUACCUAUGAUAAAAAUUACAGACCUCUACAUGCUUUGUAAAUAGGAAAACCUGCAAAAUCGGCAGUGUAUCAAAUACUUGUUCUCCCCACUGUAGCUGGCUAACAGCUGGCUACCUAGCUGGCUAAAAGCUGGCUAACAGCUGGCUACCUAUCUGGCUAACAGCUGGCUAACAGCUGGCUACCUAGCUGGCUAACAGCUGGCUAACAUGCCCAGUAUGGUUUAAGAUGGCACUGGAAUAAAGGAAAUGGGGUCCUCUGGAUACAUACUCCAGGUGAUGUGAUUGAAAGGUAGGAUUGAUCAUCUCUUUGUCUGGUUCCCCUGUGACUGUUUGGAGCCUCUAACUCUUAAAGGUCCAAUCCAGCCGUAAAAAAGAAUAAUAGUUAAAUCAAUUCUGGUUAACAAUUAAGUUCCUUCAUGUGAUUGUUAUCAAUUAAAAUUGUCAAAAAUAAGCAAAAAUAGCUUCAUAGCAAAGAGCAAUUUCUCAAGCAAGAAUUUUGCUAGGACUGUCUGGGAGUGGUCUGAGUAGGGGAGGGGAAAACUGAAAACUAGCUGUUAUUGGCAGAGAGGUUUGGAACUCUCUUGGUCUACUACCAAUUUACGGCCUGGUGAUGUCACCAGGCAGGCCAAAACUCUUUUCAAAUAGCUCUUACACUAAAAGGGCAUUAUCAUCAUUUUCACAAUUUCACAGAUUUAUUCCAACCUCAUAGUGUGGGAAAUAUACAGUACCAGUCAAAAGUUUGGACACACCUACUCAUUCAAGGGUUUUUCUUAAUUUUUUACUAUUUUCUACAUUGUAUAAUAAUAGCGAAGACAUCAAAACUAUGAAAUAACACAUAUGGAAUCAUGUAGUAACCAAAAAAGUAUUAAACAAAUCAAAAUAUAUUUUAUAUUUGAGAUUCUUCAAAUAGCCACCCUUUGUCUUGAUGACAGCUUUGCACACUCCUGGCAUUAUAAACACAGGAAUGUCACGUUUUUGACUGCACUGGGCCUUUAAAGUUGGUAGCUCCACUAGUGCUCCCAUCCACUACAAGACCAUCCACUACAAGACCAUCCACUACAAGACCAUCCACUACAAGACCAUCCACUACAAAGACCAUCCACUACAAGACCAUCCACUACAAGACCAUCCACUAAAAAGACCAUCCACUACAAGACCAUCCACUACAAGACCAUGGUGUUUACCUACGGAGUAGCAAGGAGAACUGCCCCUCCCUACCUUCAGGCUAUGCUCAAACCCUACACCCCAACCGGAGUACUCCAUUAUGGUCUCUUGGCCCUCCCACCCCUAUGGGAGGGCAGCUCCCGCUCAGCCCAGUCAAAGCUCUUCUCUGUCCUGGCACCCCAAUGGUGGAACUAGCUUCCUCAUUUACAUUUACAUUUUUAGUCAUUUAGCAGACACUCUUAUCCAGAGCGACUUACAGUUAGUGAGUGCAUAUCUUCUUUUUUUUCCUUUUUUUCCCCUCAUUAAGCUAAGACAGCAGAGUCCCCUGACUCACUACUGUAAGUCUCUCUGGAUAAGAGCGUCUGCUAAAUGACUGACUACUGUAAGUCUCUCUGGAUAACAGCGUCUGCUAAAUAACUCACUACUGCCCAGUCAAAGCUCUUCUCUGUCCUGGCACCCCAAUGAUGGAACUAGCUUCCUCAUGAAGCUAAGACAGCAGAGUCCCUGCUCAUCUUCCGAAAACGUGUGAAACCCUACCUCUUCAAAGAGUAUGUUAAAAUAAGACAUCUCAGUCUUAUUCCUCCCAUACAACUUCAAUUGUAUUUCUCUUUCCUACUAGCACUGACUUUGCUGAUAACAUCUUAUUGAGUUAAAAAGGAACUUACUACGACUGUGAUAUGUGGUUGUCCCACCGAGCUAUCUUCAGAUGAAUGCACUAAUUGUAAGUCUCUCUGGAUAAGAGCGUCUGCUAAAUGACUGACUACUGUAAAUCUCUCUGGAUAAGAGCGUCUGCUAAAUGACUCACUACUGGAAGUCUCUCUGGAUAAGAGCGUCUGCUAAAUGACUCACUACUGUAAGUCUCUCUGGAUAAGAGCGUCUGCUAAUUGACUCACUACUGUAAGUCUCUCUGGAUAAGAGCGUCUGCUAAAUGACUUAAAUGUCAAAUGUCAAAAGUUAAUUUAGAUCCCUGUCUGUUCUCCCAGUACUUCCUGUUUCUCUCAUUGGUCAGUUGAAUUCUCGUAAUUGAUUAGCAUGGUUAACAGGUUGAUGGUUGAUUACCACAGCUGCAACUAUCCUUUGGUAACUCACAAAGUUCCAGUUAAAGGCAGGUCUUCAGUAGACAUGAUUUUCAUCUACAUUGUCCCCCUUUCAUUCACGUGAACAGGAGGUAGAGUAAAGGGAAAUAACUGAACUAGAACCCUCUGUGACCCUCCUCAGUCACCAACUUCAGUUGAACCCGUAAAACAUUAGAAACAGGCGGAUGAAAAGGAUGGCGCACAUCAAAGAACAAGAGAGAGAGGGAGAUGAAAAAGAAGACAGGAGGGGUUGUUGGCCUGGAGGGAUGGAGGGAUGGAGGGAUGGGGGGUCGGAGAGAGAGAACAGCAGUGGAGAACAGCAUGUCAUUGUACUUGAUCACCAGGCACUGGGAGACACUCACACACACACACGGACACACACGCUUACACAGACACACUGACAUUCACACUGACAGAGACACAAGCGCAUGCUUCUGCCCACUGCCACACAGACUUGCGCUAGCUGGCAUCUCAGAGGGCAGCCCUCUCUCCAGUCCUGUCCUGUCCUGUCCUGGGUGUUGAAGCUCUUCACCCCUCUGCAGAAGCCAACCUGACCUCUCAGGUCCUCGUUCGUACCUGUGGACUGAGC